GUUCAUAUUCCGUAUCUAACUUCGCUCAAGUUUACUAACAAUUAAAUAAAUUACAAAUUUUAAUUGUAAAACAAAUUCUUUUCAAGGCUUGUACGGCUUUUCUUAAAAUGCCCCCAAAAUUUAAAUUUCAAGAAGGUGAAAAAGUGUUGUGCUUCCACGGCCCCCUUAUUUACGAGGCAAAGUGCCUCAAAAGCACCAUAACCAAAGAAAAACAAGUUAAAUACUUUAUUCACUAUGCCGGUUGGAAUAAAAAUUGGGAUGAAUGGGUCCCUGAAAGUCGAGUUCUCAAGUACAAUGAGGCAAAUGUCGCACGCCAGAAAGAAGUACAGAAAGCACAUGCUGCCCAACCAUCUAAACAGAAAAAGUCUGCCAAAAAAUCAUCUGGAAUAGUUAGUAAAACAGAAUCUGUGAAAGAUUCAGAUUCCCGGGCAAGCACACCAAUAUCAGAUAUUGCAAAAGGUGGCAAAGGUCUUAAAAGAGAAGCUGCUACACCUUCCAGUGGUCAAGAAUCUAGUUCUGAUAUACCCCGUAAAAAGAGAGGGAAAUUAGAUUCAACAGUAGAGUCAGAAGAACAAUUUCAGAGUAAAGUUGAAAUUCGAAUAAAAAUUCCUGAUGAGCUUAAGCCCUGGUUAGUUGAUGACUGGGAUUUAAUAACUCGUCAAAAGAAGUUAGUAAAUCUUCCAGCUAAAGUUACAGUGGACCAAAUUUUAGAAAAUUAUCUUAAUUAUAAGAAAUCGAUAAAAUCAAACACCACCAGUAAAGAAGGAGCUUCAAUCGAAACAGUUAGAGGAAUAAAAGAAUAUUUUAAUGUGACUUUGGGCACUCAACUUUUAUACAAAUUUGAAAGACCUCAGUAUGCAGACAUUCUUCUAGAAUAUCCAGAAAAGUCAAUGUCUGAAAUAUACGGAGCAGUUCACUUGUUAAGACUUUUUGUUAGACUAGGAUCUAUGUUGGCCUAUACACCUCUAGAUGAACGCAGUAUUCAAAUACUUAUACAGAAUGUUCAGGAUUUCUUUAAAUAUUUAAUCAAAAACAGCGCCCAAUUGUUUAAUUUGCAAGACUAUGGAAAUGCUACGCCAGAGUACCACAGAAAAGCACUCUGAUAUAUGGAAAGUGACAACAGUGAAGUGUCAGAAAGUACUUUAUCUAGUGACAGUGAAUAGUACCGAUAGUUGAUUUCAGUGGGACCCAAAGUUCAUUUAGAUUGGUUUUUUUAACUCUAGAAUUAUUAGUUAUACUAAGGUAGGUUAGAAUUGUCUGAGUGUAGCUGUAAUUUAAUGUUCUGCUCAUAUUAGAUAACAACUUUAAGUUGGUUCAAAGAGUGAAUACAUGACAGAACGCCUGUCAUUGUGCUUCACAGCUUAAUUGUAUUUUCUGUCAUUUUUUUGACUAUACCAUUGUAACUUUUUUAUAUUUCAGUCUUUAGUUCUUGAUUUAUUUGUUUAACUUAGUGAUCGUUUAUUAGUAGCUUGUUGUGCAGUUCAUUAAUUUUGAAAAAUAUAAAAUUUUAUAUGAUCUGUUAGCAUUAAAUUUCCAAAAAAUAUAUUUAAUAUAGUUUUAAGGAUUUACAAGUUUCGGCAAAGUUUACUGAGACUAAUCUUAUAUGUUGCCAUAAUAUUUAAGCAUCAUCACUUAGGUAGAUAAUAUUAUAUAAGUUUAGUGGUAGAUUACUUUUUGAAGAAUGAUUUCAUAUAGAAUUAAAAUGGUAUGUUUGUAAUAUAAA